AUGAAUUAUAAACCUAUAUCAGAUUAAUAAACACUUGAUAUUGUAGAAGAUGAUGGAGAAUUAGAUGUUGUUAAUAUAAAAUAGGAUAAGAGAUUAAAUAAAACUAAUAACAAGCUAAUUUUUUUGUGGAUUAUAAUUCUAAUCAUCUUAGGAGGAAUUUUGAUUUAUGUGUCUCAAUAGUCAAAAUAAUAAAAGAAAAUAAUCUCAGACGAUUAAUCAAAAAUAAAUAAUACAAGUAAGAAUAAACUUUAUAAUAAGUAACAAUAGUAUAGUACAAUAAAAAUAAUGAAUCUGAAUUUGAUAGUCCUAAAUUAAUUGAUUUAGAUGAUUAGAAUAAAAAGGAGGAAGAUGGUGAUCUGAAAAAAGAUACAGAAUUAUAAAAUGAAUUAUUACCUAAAGAAUAAGAUAUUCCACAAUUAAAUCUAAAUAAGAGUGAAUUAAAUCAAACUAUUGCAAAUUAAUCAUAAAUACAAAAUUCUAUAACAAAUGGAACUGAGCAUCUUUAAUAAAAAGAUACUCAUUAGGAACUUUAACAUAGUAGGAAUGAUGAAAUACUCUGUGAAAAAGGAUAUUAUAUGGAUAAAAAUAUAAAGGGAUGUAAAUAAUGUGAAGAAAAAUGUUCUGAAUGUAUGCACAUUACAGGAACUUGUUAUUUGUGUGAAGAUGAGGUAAUUGUUAUAUUAAUUAAGAGUAUUACCUUAAUAUAUAUGGAAAAUGUAUUAAUAAUUGUGAAUAAAAUCAGAAACAACCAAAUUUAUUGAUUUCAGAAGAUAAUAAAAAUUAGACAAUUCCAUUUUGUUAUGGAAAAAAACAUAAUUCUUCAUUUUAUAUGGGAGUAUAGAAAUCCAAAAGUACUCAUUUUGUAUUGCCAUAUUUGAUAAUUCAUCCAGCUAUUUCUGUUUCUUAGGUUUAUCAUAAUAAUUUUCCAAUUGUUUACUAUUUUAAUAAAGAUUUGUUCAGUUUUUAGGAUAAUAUAAAAUUAACAGACAUUACCUAAGAAGCCUAAGAAAGAUUAUUGAUUGUCGUCAUUGUAGGUUGCCAUACUUUGUAUGAUUAUACAUUAUUCAAUACCUUCUUAUUUUAAGAUGCUAUUGAAAAUAUAGAAUAAAUAGUAAAAGCUAAGAGUACUACAUUCCGAUCAUACUUUGGAUAAGACUAUAAUGGUUAUGGUGUGAUUAAGGAAUAUAUUUCUUAAUACAGGAAUAAUACAAUAGAUUUAAUAAUAUCUGAUGAUCCUUCUGAAAUACUACAGUAAAUAGAUUCAUACUAAAUUUAGUGAGGAAGUAGAGUUGAAUUAAUUGGUAACAUCAGAAAGACAUAUGACAGAUUAUAAUUUUGAAUCACUUUCAGGAGCUAAAUCAGAAAAAUCUGUUGUGGUUUUAUUACAAUAUACAAUUAAGGAUGAGAAUCAUAAUAAUAAUAAUUAUUGUGAUAGAUUUAAAUAUGUAUCAUUUGUAAAUUGUCAAUUAAGAGAAGUUUAGAUAAGUCAUAUUCAAAAAAUGAAAUAAAACUUUGAAUUUAUAUCUUAAUUUGUUGUUUAGUUAAAUUUGGAAUGA